AUGACCAGCCUCGGAUGUGACCGGGUUGGGGGUGAACGGAGAGAUGAGAAAACUGAGGCCCCGCGCUGGGAUUUCCAGCGCCCGGGAUUUCCCAGCCCUCCCACUCCCAUCCUGCAGCCACUCCCGCCCCUCUUGUCCAGCACGGUCUGCGGCAGCUCCACGGGGUCGCCGGCGACGGCCCGCUGGGACUCCCGGGGGACCCCGCCGUCGGGGCAGCCCCCGGCGCUCGGCGCCGCCCCGCCUCGCCGCCGUGCACUCGCCGGGGAGCCAGCCACCGAGGGCGGAGGCGGGGAGAGAGCGACCGAGGCUGGGAGGGGUGUUGGCGAGAGCUCGCGCGCUGUGUAUGGUCUGUCAGAGGCAGCUGACCUUUGA